ACUAACACCUGAGACCCACCGAGCUCUGUCAGCUCUGAGCUGUGAACAUGUUUUACUACCCUGCAGUGUUAACACAUCAGACCGGAUGUUUCUCUACAAUCUGGCUCGUUGCCACCAAAGGGAUCAGAGUUCCUCGCAGAGAUUUCCUGAAAGUGAACGUCAAAAGCACAUGCGAUGACAUCAUGAAUUAUCUGCUGGAACGGGUCCCAGCACCUCGACCAGGUCUGCCUCGACCUCGCUUUUCCCUGUACCUGUCCUCCCAGCUGCAGUAUGGAGUCAUCGUUGUCUACCAUCGCCAGUGUGCUAUUCUCCUUGAGGAACUUCAUACCAUUUUGGGUCAGCUGUUGAAACAGAAGACGUCAAAGAAAAUUGAUAUAGAUGAGCAGAACAGACAAGCUCUGCUUCUCCCAGAUGCUCUGUCUCUGAUGGAGGAGGCAGAAGGAGCUCUGGAUCCCUUAUUUGGAAUGAUGUACAUGCAAGAGGCCAUGCCGAGUCCUAGUGCACUGAUACAGAUUGGAGAGGAGUAUCUGAGAGAAUCCUCUCCUGAGCAUCCUGAACGAAGCAGCCUGCCUGCUGCUGCUCCUGCUGCUCCUGCUGCUCCUGCUGCUCCUGCUGCUCCUGCUGCUCCUGCUGCUCCUGCUGCUCCUACUGCUCCUACUGGCACCGGGUCACUGCAGCAGGAAGAAAAAGAAAGCAUAACUGCAUCUCCAGACUCCAUCACUCUCAGGGAGCUGGAGCCUGUCACUAUCCCCAUUCCAGAGUUUGAGGGUGUGGAGCUUGUUGAUCACCAUCUAGAUACCGUUCGGUUCCUCAUGGCCCAAGCAGAUCACUUUCCAGAAGGGGAUUUUGUGAUGUUGAGAGAGGAGGUGACACCAAGAGAACCAGACAGGGAGAUAGAGCGGGGAGGAAGAGGUGAAGAGCAGGACAAAGACAGAACAAAGGAGAUCACAGGAUCCACUACUGAAUUACAGCCCACCACUCUCCCCGGUGAGGAAGCCACGCUGUUGCCUCAGGAAGAGCCUGUCGUGUCAGAGGAGAGGCCAGAACCCCCUCCAGGCCACCUCACCCCCGUGUCUGAGCCCAUCCUCCCCUCGCCGCCGUCUGCACCGAGACAUGCAAGGCCAAGCCUGGACUUACAGUCCCCUAGUUCUCAGGAAGCGCCCCCUCCAGAGGUGAAGGGGAGGAGGAGGAGGAGGCAGCUGCUCUUCUUCGACCCAGAGACGCAGAUCCCCCAGGAGGCGCUGCAGAAGCAGAUCGACAACCCUCUGACUGAGACCAGACGUCCACAUCUCCCACCGCCCUCGUCUCUCGAGACUCGCUCUGCUGCUGAUCUCCUGAACAACCCUUGCACCUUCUUGCCUGAAGAGGUGCUGUCUCUAUGGCAACAGGCGGCGACUAUCACGCCCAUCUCCGGCUCGGACUUGCAGGUCGGGGAGAGAGGGCCUGAGUCCACAGAUUCUGAGAAAGAGAGGGAUCAAGAGAUGAUCGAAGUAUCGGAAAGAGAGGAGGAGAGACUUGAGCUCAGCCCCAGAGAGGUCCAGAGAGAUUCGGCAGAACAAGAGAAUGAUAUUUCAGCUGUGCUUUUUCGGUCUCUCCUGCCGCCAGAGGCCAACCGCCGGACUGUCAGCACCAUUUUUCAGAGGCUCCUUGGGAUUGCCUCGGCCCAGAAGGUGUGUGUGGAGCAGCAGGAACCUUACGGCGACAUUUGGAUAACACCUGGUCCCGACUACAAAGAGGUGGUGCUGACUUUGUAACGUCGCCACAAGCUUCCUGUUCUGACAUUUCUUCAGGUUCAUAAUUCUGGAUUCUUUACGACAUAACACAGAAAUAGUCGGAUGUUUUGUAAGUGAUCGGAUCCUACGAUUUCUUGUUGCAUCUUGUUGACAUGUUUGAGAUUAUUG